CAUGGAAUUCAUUAGCAACUGGAAAUGAAGGCUAUUAAGGCAAAAUUUUAAAUCCUUCUCUCUUUAAAUUUGGCAAGCAUUCGAGAUACUACUAUGCAGCUACCAAUAUCCUAAACUGAGAGGAAUACAUGAUAGGGUUCCUGUGAAGAAACUAAGAAAAGAAAAAAGAAAAUACUUCAGGAUAGAUUAUGAUAAUCAAGUGCUAACAAGGGACAUGAGGAAGAGAUCUGUGGGAGCGGAGUCUUUGGGAAAACCCUAUGGAGAGAGGUUGAUUGACAAAUGAAGGCAUUCCAGAAAGGGAAAAGGACUUGAGCCAUGGCUUUGGAGCAGGUAACAUCUAAAGGAACUGGUUUAAAUCCUAAUGCCAAAGUAUGGCAAGAAAUUCCUCCUGGAAACACUGAUACCACUCCAGUAACUCAAGGAACCGAAAGCUCAUGGCAUGAAACAGCAGCCACAUCAGGGUCUCAUCCUGAGGGUAAUACAGAACUCUCAGAAGAUUCAUGUAAAGAAUAUGAAGCAAUGUAUUCUUCAUCUUGUGAAAUCACAAGAAAUACUACAAGCAUUGAAGAAUCAGCUGAUGGAAUGAUUUUAGGACCAGAAGAUCUGAAUUAUCAAAUAUAUGACGUUUCUGGAGAAAGCAAUUCAGCAAUUUCUGCAGAAGACCUAAAAGAAUGUUUGAAGAAACAAUUAGAGUUUUGUUUUUCACGAGAAAAUUUGUCAAAGGAUCUUUACUUGAUUUCACAAAUGGAUAGUGACCAGUUUGUCCCCAUUUGGACAGUUGCCAACAUGGAAGAAAUAAAGAAGCUGACUACAGACCCUGAUCUAAUUCUUGAAGUGCUGAGAUCUUCUCCCAUGGUACAAGUUGAUGAAAAGGGUGAGAAAGUGAGACCAAGUCAUAAGCGUUGUAUUGUGAUUCUUAGAGAGAUUCCUGAAACAACACCAGUAGAGGAAGUGAAAGCUUUGUUCAAAAACGAAAACUGUCCCAAAGUGAUAAGCUGUGAGUUUGCACACAACAGCAAUUGGUAUAUUACUUUCCAGUCAGACACAGAUGCACAGCAGGCAUUUAAAUACUUAAGAGAAGAAGUUAAAACAUUUCAGGGCAAGCCAAUAAUGGCAAGGAUAAAAGCCAUCAAUACCUUUUUUGCUAAGAAUGGUUAUCGAUUAAUGGAUUCUAGUAUGUACAGUCAGCCCAUUCAAACUCAAGCACAGUAUGCCUCGCCAGUCUUUAUGCAGCCUGUAUAUAAUCCUCACCAACAGUACUCAGUCUAUAGUAUUGUGCCUCAGUCUUGGUCUCCAAAUCCUGCACCUUACUUUGAAACACCACUGGCUCCCUUUCCCAAUGGUAGUUUUAUGAAUGGCUUUAAUUCACCAGGAUCUUAUAAAACAAAUGCUGCUGCUAUGAGUAUGAGUCGACCAUUCCAAAAAAAUCGGGUGAAGCCUCAUUUUAGGUCAUCCAAUGGUUCAGAACAUUCAACAGAGGGCUGUGUGUCAUUAGGGGAUGGACCAUUGAAUAGAUCUAGUUCCAGGAAUUUUCCAACAGAACGGCAUAACCCUACAUUAAUGGGCCAUCAGGAACAAACUUAUCUUCCAAAGGAGACUCCUACUUUACAGGUGGAACAGAAUGGGGACUAUAGUAGAGGAAGGAGAACUCUUUUCAGAGGUCGAAGACGACGAGAAGAUGACAAGAUCCCAAGACCCCAUCCUUCAACUACUGAAGCAAAGCCUCCAACACCAAAGUUUGACUUACUAGCCUCAAAUUUUCCUCCUUUACCUGGAAGUUCAUCCAGAAUGCCAGGCGAACUCGUUUUGGAAAAUAGGAUGUCUGAUGUUGUUAAAGGUGUCUACAAAGAAAAGGAUAAUGAAGAGUUGCGAGGUAGUUGUCCAGUGCCUGCAGAGGACGAGCAGACCAAUUGCACUUCUGCCCAACAGCUCAGUAUGAGUGCUAGUUCUCCAUGCUCGGCUGAGCUUCCCGCAUUAAGCACAACUCCCCAAGAAAAGGAUGUAAUAGAGGAUCCCACUGUUCAGAAGGAUGUUCUUAACCAGAUGACUAUACCAGUUUCUUCCCCAAGUACUGUGAAGCCAUCAAGAGCAAAUACUGCUUCACCAUGUAAUAGUAACAUAAAUGCAGCCGCAGCUGUGACCCUACAGGAACCCCGAAAAUUAAGUUAUGCUGAAGUGUGCCAGAAGCCCCCUAAAGAGCCAUCUCCAGUUGUGCAGCCACUACGGGAACUUCGCGCCAAUGUAGUGUCUCCCACCAAAAAUGAAGAGAAUGCAGCUCCUGAGAAGUCCAUUGAGAAACCACAUGAGAAGCCAGAACCAAGGGCUAGCAAGGAUUAUUCUGGCUCACGAGGCAAUACCAUUCCCAGGGGAGCAGCUGGAAAAAUCAGGGAACAGAGACGCCAGUUUAGCCAUAGGGCUAUACCUCAGGGAGUAACUCGACGUAAUGGCAAAGAGCAAUAUGUGCCACCCAGAUCACCAAAGUAAAAACAAAAAAAGAAAACUAUUCAAAAACUUCUCUCUCUUCCCAUUAAACUUGAGCCGUGGCUAUAUUGAACUAUUUUGGAGGGGAGGGUAUAGCCAGGAAGGAAACAGGAGAAAGUUCGUCCUUAAAUCAGCAUGGAUUUUGGAGUGAUGAGCAGUAGGAUCCCAAAAUUCAUCUCUAAAGUGAUUUUAAAAUGCUGGAUGAUUCCAAUCAGUAUAAAUAUAUAUAUACACACAUAUAUAUAUACAUAUAUAAAAUAUAAUUUUUCUAUUUUUGUUUUUGAUUUUAAUUUGCAGAGAAUUUUCUGCCUGGAAUCAAUUUUGAAAGUUCAGAUAUAGCUUGGAAAAAAAAGAAAGUACAUUAUACAUCCUUCUGUAUAGGAGAUGAGGGAGUGAGAGAAAAUAUUUUUUGAAGAAGCAUUUCUGUAAAAUUAGAAAUUACUUUUUUUAAUCUAUUUAAAGUUUGGCUUGGAGAAUGCCAUCUCUGACUAUAUGGCCUUGCGUUGCAAAGCAGAUCAGUGGCUGGGUGCCUGUUGUGGGUGUGAGUGUGUGCAAGAGUGAUUGAAGCCAAAUCUGUUGUCAUGUUAGUAAAUGAUUUGAAAACUGAAUGUAAUACUUGAGUAGAUUUUUCUUUUCACAUUGAGAUUUAGUCGUCUUUUUGACCUUACUAAUAUUUCAUUCAACAAGAAGCUGUUAAACUCUGAUUGUACUUGGAGAAAUGACUAUCAGCUUGAUACUUAUGAAAAGAAUGGGGGUUAUCAAAAAAAUGAAAAUUUUGUCUUAGAUCUGAGUGGAUAGGGACUUUUGAGAUUUAAACUACUUGGUGAUUCCCCCUACCAAAAUGAGAAACACAAAUUUUUUUGGUACUUAAUUACUUUUUCUUUGACUAUACCCCCCCAAUCAAAAUAACCAACCAUCUACUGAAUUGUAUGUUUCUAACUGCUUUGACUAGUCUAGUCAAAUCAUAUAACUGUUAAAAAUUUCUGAGUUGAACAUUGAAGUAUUUUUACUCUUUUGUUCAUAUACUUAGAAUUUUAGGUUUAAGAGCAAUAGGGUAGACCAACCGCACCAUAAUUUAUUUGUGUUAGUGUUAAAGAUGAAACAUUAUAACUGACUCUUAAAAGUGUUAAAUAGUGUAGAAGUAAAAAAAAAAAAAUUGUAAAGGCUUAAUUUGGGGGGAUCUUUUUUCUGUUUACAGUAUAUUUAUCACUUUCUUCCCCCCCCCCUUUAUCCCUCCCCCCUAAAUUUAAGAAAUCCAGUUUGAAAUCCACAGAAACAGAACCUGGAAGUCAUUUGACUUUUAAAGGAAAAGAUGGUUGAAGAGUAUUAAUGCAUAAUUUCUCAGUGAGUGAAAUUACAGUUCUCAUAUUAUAGGCAAGUUUACAUGCUGGUAUUUAGAAAAUGGGUAAAAUAAUAAAACCAUGUUUCAUUAAUCUGUUUUAAGAUGUCAUACCAUGUUCAGAGUUCUAUGUAUGGUGGGAUUUUUUUUUUCUUUCUUUUUUGUUAGGGAUAGUUUAUAAUAGUAAGAACUGUCCCUUAUGUUAGUGAAUUACAUAUGUACAAAUUGAAACUGUAAAUUGUGAACACUGGAAAGCACCAUUGUGACAUAGAGUAAACAUCUUAGUAAUAUAUUAAAAUGAAUGUAAAUGGAGGUUAAAAUUACAUUACUGUGAAACUCAUCUUGCAACUCUAAGUUAAGCUUUGGAGAUUUGUAUUAGUGGGUAAAUGUUAAGAGCUUUGAAAACACUGCACAUUUCUGUACAAGACAGAAUUGUUUCUUUGUAACUUAUUCAUCUUGAUAAUUGCUUUUAAUUUGGUGAAUCAAUAACAUGGUAUAUAUUUACACAAUUUAAAACUACUCAUUUCUACACACUAUUUUUAAAAAUCAUCUACUAGAUGAAACAUACAAUAAAACUACCUGUUCUGACAUUGGGGGAAGUUUAGGUCCUUUUUUUUAAAAAAAAAAGAAAAAAGUGUUAAUAAUCAUUGACUACAUCUAUGAUAAAGUGCUCAUUUUGGUUUUCAUAGAUAAUGCUGCAGUUGGUGGAAAUGAUAAACAUUUAAAGUGUUAACACCUUGUGAAUGCAUUGGAUUUAAGAGAAUAAACAUUUUGUAAAAAUUGCUUGGUAAGGAUCAUAAACUUAAUUAUUGCACUUAACAUGAAACAUGACUUUUUUUUUUUCAAACAAUGUGUCACAAAUAUACGAUUGUUUUACUUGUAUGCUUGGAUGACUGUUAAUCCAACAACUUCUAAAAAUCCAGAGGGUCUAAUUGAAAGAAAGAAGUCUUUUUGAAGGAGGCAAGUGUAUGAUUGUUUUUCCCCACACAUUACUGAAAGAAAUUUAAAGUUGUGACCAUUGUUUAAUUUUUUAUAUAGUGUUUUUAACUUAAUUUGCUUCGUUAUAAUUACAUCUGAUAGUUCCCAUUUGAUGGGAUGUAUAGAGAAGAAUUAAGAGAGUGUGUGUGUAUAAUAUAUAUAUAUAUAUUCACAUGUAUUUAGCGUUUAUUUUUAUUACAACAGAUUUAAGGUUUGUAUCUAAUUGAUACCUGUGAAUUGUGUGAAACUGUUGCCUUUUAUUUUCCAGCAUUACUCUAUCUGAUGAGGGUGGGCAUUCACUGCAGCUCAACCUAUUUAUUUGGUUCUUUAAAUGGAGGAAUUUCAGUAUCAAAUUUUUCUCUUCACUCUCAUCAUUUUAACAUUUUCUUGGCUAUUGUAGGCUAAAGUAGAUAUAAAUGAUAUUGAAUGUUUGGUACAUUGAUCUUAUGCCAUAGUUCUUAGUUUAUGAAGAGGACAAGAGUCACACAAGUACAUCAUCUUACACUUCAUAGAGAAGGUACACGGAGACAUUGUGAGAUCAGUUUCCAUUUUUCUCUCCUCAUAAUUACCAUUUUCAUAGCAUCUAGGACCCAUGUCUAAUCUGAAUGAUUUCAGUUUUGUCAAGUAUAAACCCUGGCAUUUAAAAUAGUGAUCUAUCUAAAUUUUUUUCAGAUGGAUUUUGGAGGAAGAUAAGACAUUUCAGUGAUACUGGUGUGUUGCUGUCAUCUUAUGUGCUCAAUUUGCAGGUGAUCACGUGACACGCAGAAUUCUGAUUUACUUUUGGUUUCUAAAAUUAAGGUAGUUUGAAUAUUGGUUCACAUUCCUUUCUCUUUUUAAAAAAUCAGUUUGCUUUGCAGAAGGCUUAAAGAUGGAGUGUUAGCAUCUUGAGUAUUGUCAAGGAGAGCAAGAAUGUUGCUGGAGCAGAAACUAGUAUUUAAAAGUUGUAGAACACUUUCUAUAGUCUUACUAGUUAUGGCCUUAAUAGUUAGUCUCUUGGCUUAAAUGUCUACUGGUUUAUUUUGAAGCAGUUGAACAACACUGGGGUUAGAUCUCUUGAUGUUUUGUGUUGGCAGUAUACAUUAACCAUAUUUUAAAAGUACCAGUUUUUUAAAGAAAACAUAAACUCUUAAGCAGACAGUAUAUUCCUUUUGAGGGGUUUUUAUAAAUUCUCGACUAUAAUAUGAUGUUUUUCCCCUAAGUUUUUGUAUUUCCUUACAAUUCCAUGGCCAUUAAUUUAACUUUAGACCUUUGGCAUAUGCUAAUAUAGCUGUUCUGAGCUUCUAAAAGGAUACGUAGACAUUUUAUUAGCUGAUUUGAGGGCUUUUUUAA